AUGAAUUUGAUUGACUUGCCUGUACCUAUUAAGAAGUCGAUAAUCAAAUAUCUACCGCAACAAGCACUCAUCAACCUAUCAUUGGCAAAUUUUGAAUUCUAUCAGCCAUGUUUACAGCAAUUGUAUAAGAAUAUCACCAUCCAAUACAACCCACCACUCAGGCCCAACGAAAAAGACCGUGAAAAAGACUUCCAAGACUCUACAAGAACAGUUAUAUACGGGUUCAGCAAUCCAGAUGGCAAGGUGGUGAGCAAGGAAUUGAACUUGAAAAUGAUUUAUGCGAGGUUGGUUGUGUUACGACAAUCGAUGACUAUCAAUCGGGAAUUGAUCGGGUACAUCAAACAGAUACACGUAUUAGGUGAAUUAUCUGAUUUUAGCGACUCAAUUAUUGAAGAGUUACAGAAUUUGGCGGAUUUACUUGCUGAUUUGGAUACUUUUUAUAUUGGCGAUUACAAAAUCAGACAACUCAUUGAUUUGACACGGUUGAAACUUAGAUCUGUCGUUGUUGACGAGCUCCCCAUUGAAGCCACCCCCAAAAUCGAAGAGUUACUUAUUGGAGAAAAUACACACUUACCAAACCUUCACAAGUUCAACCUCACCUCGUUGAUUUUGCCCAACAACACCCAAAAGUAUUGGUCAUGGAUAAUGGAAAAUGUGUUCACCCUCAAAAACCAUGUUUUGCAAUUGACGAAAUUCAAAUUUGUCUUUAGCUUAGAUAUGGCGUUGAAUGCCAAGUUGGUGCGAUUGAUAGACUGGGAGAAAAUUACCCAAUUAGAAUUGAUACUCGCCUAUACCCCACGGAACGAUGACGAUUACGUGAUUGAUUGUUUUAACUUAAUCCCCCCAACACCUAAUCUCAAGAAACUUUCUAUAGUGCAAGGCGACACCUACCCAACUCAUCGAGAGAAUGAACUUUUUGAUUUGAAUGUUUUCAAUUUCCUUACAAAUUUAUUGACUAUAUGUGAUUUAAAGUACUUAUCCAUCAAACACAGUAUCCCCAACAUUGGCAACUUAGAGGAUGGGAGCGAAGGCAACUACUACCGUCGUUGGGAGAUGUUUAUGCUGACCUUGCCGAAAAUUAUAAACUCCCACAACAUAGUGCUUAUUCUCCCCAACUUGUUUCAAUCGUUUGCUGGCUAUGAACAAUAUAUGAACACAGUGUUAUUCAAUGGGUGCAAAUGCAAACACUGCCAAAUAUACCUUGGAGAUUUGGACGAGUUUAUGAUGUACCACAAGUACUAUGACGCAUCCACCAAUGCAAAACGAUACAAAGACAUGAAUGCUCUGCAUUUAUUAAGUGAGGUCGGACAACAGUUGAAUUAUCGAAUGGUACAGGACGAGUUAUUGACACAAUUAAACCAUUUAUCGUUUCCCUUGGUAAACACCCUUUGGGAUUUUCAUACAAAUACCAACAACAAACCAUUUAAAUGCUAUGACAUACAAACUGUUGAUCAGGGAGAGUACGAUGAAGUGGACUAUGAGCCUACUUCACCAGCAGUUUGUCGUUUCAACAAAGUGACGUAUCAAGGGGUUCCCAAAAGUAUUGGCCACUACGUAAAUCAAACGAUUGAGAAAAUUGUCAACUUGAACCGUGGUAAUGCUGAGAGUGUGGAUAUCAAUAUUGCGCUUAAAGACGGUGGUGACCUAGACUUUAAAUUGAACAUGAAAAAGUUGAUUAUCAAUGGGUUUAAUUACAUUAUAGAUAAAGAAACCAACGGGACCCAUUUCUACCAGAACGUUUAUGAUUAA